GUACACUAAACAAUAAUGGCAAGCUAAAAAGCCUGCUGCGUUAAACUCCUACACAUCAUGCAGGUGAAAUGACCCUGAACCCCACGCUCACUCUGCUCCUAUAAAUCCUGCAGAGGCAAUAUAACACCCGGUCUCAUUUAACAGAGUGCUCACGUCUUAUGACAGCAUGGUGGACUGAAAGAGGCGCUGAUGACUCAGAAGAGGAAGGUCAGUGCUGAAGGCGGGUUUUGUUAUGGGGUCUUAUGCAAACCUGAUGUUGAAAUGAAAUCCGGAACAUCUGCAUUGAUGAUAAGAUAUAAUAUGGCUGAGUGCACGUCGUUGGUGAGGAUGGAGAUGGAGUGUGGAGGUGUUAGUAUAUUAAAUAGUAUUUAUUAAACUUUAAUUAUAAGGAACAUGUCUAUCUAUUAGAUAGGUAGAUUUCCUGUUUUUGGUUAUGCACAUUUCUACUUUUUAUCACCAAAUGAUUAUUUAGAUCAUACCCCAGCUUCCGUGCUCAUGCACGUGCCCUCUGAGGUGCCAUUGCAUCCAUACCUGGGUAGCACGAGCGGUGUGCGCACACACACACACACACACACACACACACACACACCCCUCGCACACUCCAGCGUCACGAGAAGAUGAGCGCGCGCUGCUGACUGAAGGCGCAGUCGUUUCGAAGCUCUCCGGGUUUCCCCGUGGUUUGUUCCUCACGGGACCUGAGAACACAAUGGAGAACUUCACCACCAGCAGCAGCAGCAGCAGCAGCAGUGACCCCUCCAGCGUAGCGCUUCUGAACUUCCCGGUGGACGCCCUGAACGUGUCCGAGAUGCCGCACGUUGCCCUGGCGAGCUGGCGCGCGUCGGUGGAGCCGCCGGUGCCCGCGCGCUUGGUCGUAGCGUUCUGGGACUCGCCGCUGAGCCACGGCAUGAACGUUUUCGUGGGCUUCACCCUGUGCUUCACCAUGCUCGGGCUCGGCUGCACGGUGGAUAUCGCGCAGAUGGGCGAGCACGUGCGCAGGCCGGUCGGGGUGCUGCUCGCGGCCGUCUGCCAGUUCGCCAUCAUGCCGCUGGUGGCCUUCCUGCUGGCGCUCGCCUUCUCUCUGGACGACGUGGCCGCCGUUGCUGUGCUGCUGUGCGGCUGUUGCCCCGGGGGCAACCUGUCUAACCUCAUGACCUUACUGAUCAACGGAGAGAUGAACCUUAGUGUUGUAAUGACCAUCUCGUCCACGGUGCUGGCGCUGCUGCUCAUGCCGGUGUGUUUGUGGCUGUACAGUCGGGCGUGGAUUGACACGCCGGUGGUGCAGCUGCUGCCCCUGGGUGCUGUUACUCUCACUGUGUGCAGCACACUCAUUCCCAUCGGACUCGGGGUCGCACUCAGGGCCCGGUACCCCCGCGCCGCCGACAUCGUGCUCAAGGUGUCACUGUGGUUGAUGCUGGUCACACUGGUGCUGCUGUUCAUCAUGACGGGUGUCAUGCUGGGGCCCGAGCUGCUGGCAACCAUCCCUCCGGCGGUGUACGUAGUAGCCGUGCUGAUGCCGAUGGCGGGAUACGCAGCAGGCUACGGGCUGGGUGUGUUGUUCUCUCUUCCCCCCAACAGCUGCCGCACCGUAUCGCUAGAGACGGGCUGCCAGAACGUCCAGCUCUGCAAUGCCAUCCUGAAACUAACCUUCCCACCACAGCUCAUGGGCGCGAUGUACAUGUUCCCGCUCCUAUACGCGCUCUUCCAGGCAGCCGAGGCCGCAGUCAUCAUCCUAGUGUAUCGCGUGUACAGGAGCGAGGUGCUCCGCAAGCAGGACCUGAACGGUGAGGAUGACAACGACACCAGCGUCACAUACAAGCGAAUGAAAGAGGAGGAAGAUGGCCCGUUCGACACCUCGUACGGCUCGGUUACCGUAAACAACCCCGACUACAUUGAGCUGGAAACUCAGGGAGGGACGGGAAGUCCAACACCUCUCUAGAAGCCACCAAGAAAUCUAAUAAAAUACGGGACAUCACUGUGAACAGUUGCUUGAACUGUGCAAUACAUUGUGCCAUUCUAUGCUUCUUUGCCAAUCAUUUGCUGAUGAAGUGUUGUAGCCAUACUGCAAUUUGAUUUCUCAUUACCUCG